GAAAGGUACACGCUGUUCAAGUUUUAAUAAAACUGUCAUUAGUUUUGGCGCGAAAGUCACAGACGUAAAAUAUUUGAAAUCGUUUUUUUUUUAAUCGAAACUGCAUGAAGGAAAUAAACAUUGAUAUAUUAUAGCCGAACAUUCUACGUUGCAUUUGUUUUAGUAAUAAACUCAAGGUUUAUAGUGUAGUGUGUGAUAAGUGAGGAAAGUUAUUUGAUUGAUAAGAAUAUUACGGAUUAAUUGCAGGAAAAAUGUUUGAAAAACAAUGUUUCUACGAUAACAAUGGAUUCGUUAUGUCAGAGAAAAAUGUUCCGAUGGCGAAAAAGCCGGUGGCAGGAAAUAACGGAGCCAUGGCUGAUGUGGGUGUAUCACAGUCAGUGCUGGUGGAGCCAAGAGGGGACAAUGGCAGAAAAUUGCCACAGUACAUUGCUGCUUUGUCAGCCACUCUUGGUGCUCUGGCUGCUGGUUCGAUGCUCGGCUGGUCCUCGCCUGUUGUCUUCAAGAUAACCCAGCAGAACAGCACGGAUUAUGAUUUUGACAUAUCAAGCACCCAAGGGGACUGGGUAUCCUCAUUAAUAAAUCUUGGAGCUGCUGCCGUCUGUUUCCCCAUUGGUCUCAUUAUGGAUGCCAUAGGACGAAAGAAGACUAUGCUUCUGCUAACCUUACCAUUCACUUUAGGCUGGCUACUUAUAACAUUUGCCCCAAAUAUUGGGACUCUGAUGGCAGGAAGGUUUAUUACUGGUGUUGCUGGUGGUGCCUUUUGUGUCACCGCUCCUGCAUAUACCAGUGAAAUCGCACAGGAUUCGAUACGAGGAACUUUAGGCAGCUUUUUUCAACUGAUGAUAACAGUGGGUAUUCUUUUCGCUUAUGGGGUAGGCAGUUAUACCAGUGUUUUUGUUUUUAAUAUACUCUGCACACUGAUCCCUAUAAUAUUUGCUCUGAUAUUCUUCUUUAUGCCCGAAAGUCCUAACUUUUUAGUUGUGAAUGGUAAAUCAGACGAAGCCAGAGAAUCUUUAAUCAGACUGCGCGGUAGGAACUACGAUGUUGAUAGUGAAUUGGCCAAUCUGCAGAACAAAGCUGAAGCAGCUAAGAGCAACCCAGUAUCUUUUCUCUCAGCGAUCACUAAGAAAACAGCCCUUAAAGCCUUGCUCAUUUGCUACGCUCUUAUGUUAUUCCAACAAUUAUCUGGUAUUAAUGCCGUAAUUUUCAACACCUCUGCGAUUUUCUCUAGUGCUGGAGCGGCUAUACCAGCGCCGAUCGCGACAAUCAUUAUUGGAGUUAUCCAAGUCAUUGCGACCUUUGUUUCCAGUGUAGUGGUCGAUAAAUUAGGCAGACGUAUCUUGCUUCUAUUCUCUGCUCUCGUGAUGUGCUUGUGCUCGACAGCUUUGGGCGUUUUCUUCUUUCUGAAAGACACUCAUGGUGCGGAAUCUUCGAUAGUUGAAGCGAUAUCUUGGUUGCCAUUGCUUUCUUUGUCGUUAUUCAUUGUCGCCUUCUCUCUUGGCUUUGGACCGAUCCCCUGGAUGAUGGCUGGUGAAUUGUGUUUGAUCGAUAUCAAAUCAUUCGUCGGCUCAACUGCUGGUACUUUCAACUGGCUUCUCAGUUUCACUGUCACGAGUACGUUCAACUCCUUAAACACUGCAAUCGGCUCCGGACAAGUCUUCUGGAUGUUUGCUGGCAUCAUGGUGCUAGGUUUCGUUUUCAUAUUCUUUAUCGUACCAGAAACUAAGGGUAAGAGUGUUGAUGAAAUUCAAAUAAUGUUAGGCGCCGAACCUGAAACACAGACAAAUGUCGAUGGAAAGAAAUAAACAAUCAUAGAGACUGAUAAAGUAUUUUUGUACGAUGAGUUACUAGGUAGUCUAUGGUUGGCUAAUUCUAGUUGUCUUUGGUGUCACAAAUUACAAUUUGGUGUGCUUCGUAAGCAAUUUAGUUACUGCUCUUUUACCAAAGAUUCAAUCGUCUGGAUUUGUUAAUUCGUCGACUUUAGCGUUAAGAUAUGAAAACUUAGCCUACACAUAGUUAAUUUAUUAAAUGUUUAAUUCUAAUUAUUGCUCAUGGCAGCUGUUUUAAAAUAAAGACAUUUAUUUCUCAUCUAAAAUGGGAACAUACUGAUAUUGCUAGUACAUAAGUUUUAUCAAAAUAUUAUAUCAGAUUAUAUAAAUUGUAAUUUUGAAAAAGUUUUAUAUAUAAUAUAUUUAUUUAGACAAAUAUACUGAAUAAAUAAAUAGCCAUUUAUAAAACAUUCUACUUUCUAUGACAGCUGAGAUAUUGCCAUAUUUAUUUUAAAAUGUUUUUAGUGUGAGCAAGGCUGCUGUCGUUAAUAGAUUAUGUAAUUUAUUGUUCAAUGUUGUAGUACAACUAGACAUAAAACGAUUAAUAGAUAGAUAAUUACAAAUAAUAUUUACUUUUUUUAAUCGUUUAUAAUAUAGACAUCUUAACUCAGUAGCAUAUAUAUUUUAAAAAUUAUUUACACUUUUUAAUAUCUGUUUUUUUUUUUGCUGGCAAGAAGUAUAAAGGGCCAUUAUGAGUAUAACAACAUCGAUAUAACAAAAUAAUUUCGAAUGAUAUGCUUAUUAUAAUGUUUUAAAUGGAUAUUGUAUAAAAUUAUUAUCACAGAACUUUGCGUGCAUCAAAAUGACUGUACAAAAUGACAAAUCAGCUUUAAAAUACUACCAGCAUUUAGUAUCUAUUUAGUACCUUUGUUUUAAUAUUUAGUACCUAAAUCAGUAUCAAAAAAAGUAUUUAAAAAUGGCCGGUCAUUUUGACAGACUUAGGUACUAAAUAUUUAAACACAGCUACUAAAUGCUUGUGGUAUUUUAAAGCUGAUCUGUCAUUUUGCUGUCAUUUUGAUGCAUGCAGAACUUUCAGUAUAAAGUGAUAGGUAUAAAUAAGUGUUAUACUUGUAUAGAUAAUAUAAAUUAAGGGCUAAAUACUUGUUGCUGUAUUCUCUGUCAAUGAAAGCGCUAUGAUAUAGUUUUAAAUGAUGCACUAAUGAAUUUUGUUCAACAUAUUAUGUAUAUUUUGUAAUUUAUUUAAAUUAAUUUUGUAUAUAUAUUGUUAAUAUAAUAAGUUUUCAUAGUGAUUAAAUGUACAAAAAAUAA